AUGUUUCUAACACGUUCGGAGUACGAUCGUGGAGUGAAUACCUUCCCGGAAGGAAGAUUAUUUCAAGUAGAAUAUGCCAUAGAAGCCAUAAAACUCGGCUCUACUGCCAUUGGAAUUGCAACAACGGAAGGAGUUGUUCUAGGAGUGGAAAAACGCAUUACUUCUUCUUUAAUGGAGCCAACAACUGUAGAAAAAAUUGUAGAAAUUGAUAAACAUAUAGGAUGCGCAGCAUCUGGUCUAAUGGCUGACUCACGGACAAUGAUCGAUAGAGCUCGAGUUGAAUGCCAGAAUCAUUGGUUUGUCUACAACGAAAGAAUGACAGUAGAAUCGACUGCUCAAGCAGUAUCUAAUCUAGCUAUCCAGUUUGGAGAUAGCGAUGAUGAUGGCACUGCCAUGUCCAGACCAUUUGGCGUAGCAAUGUUAUUUGCUGGGAUUGAUGAGAAAGGUCCACAAUUGUAUCAUAUGGAUCCAUCUGGGACUUUUGUUCAGUUUGAUGCAAAAGCAAUAGGAUCUGGUAGUGAAGGAGCUCAACAAAAUCUUCAAGAAGUGUAUCAUAAGUCUAUGACACUCAAGGAAGCAUUAAAAGCUGCACUAACAAUAUUAAAGCAAGUGAUGGAAGAAAAACUGAACGAUACCAAUAUCGAAGUGAUGACAAUGACGCCUGGACAAUUGUUUCAUAUGUUUACUAAAGCAGAAUUACAAGAGGUGAUUAAAGAUAUUGCUUAAAUUA